AUGUUUGGGACCCGUGUUUACCUUGGCCAUGUUGCCAACAUUGAUGAUAUUGAUGUUGCACACAUUGAUGAUAUUGAUGUUGCAAACAUUGAUGGUAUUGAUGUUGCAAACAUUGAUGAUACUGAUGUUGCAAACAUUGAUGGUAUUGAUGUAGCAAACAUUGAUGAUAUUGAUGUUGCAAACAUUGAUGAUAUUGAUGUUGCACACAUUGAUGAUAUUGAUGUUGCAAACAUUGAUGGUAUUGAUGUUGCAAACAUUGAUGGUAUUGAUGUUGCAAACAUUGAUGGUAUUGAUGUUGCAAACAUUGAUGGUAUUGAUGUAGCAAACAUUGAUGGUACUGAUGUAGCAAACAUUGAUGGUACUGAUGUAGCAAACAUUGAUGAUAUUGAUGUUGCAAACAUUGAUGAUAUUGAUGUAGCAAACAUUGAUGGUACUGAUGUAGCAAACAUUGAUGAUAUUGAUGUUGCAAACAUUGAUGAUAUUGAUGUUGCACACAUUUAUGAUAUUGAUGUUGCAAACAUUGAUGAUAUUGAUGUUGCAAACAUUGAUGGUAUUGAUGUUGCAAACAUUGAUGAUAUUGAUGUUGCAAACAUUGACGAUAUUGAUGUUGCCAACAUUGAUGAUAUUGAUGUUGCAAACAUUGAUGAUAUUGAUGUUGCAAACAUUGAUGAUAUUGAUGUUGCAAACAUUGAUGGUAUUGAUGUUGCAAACAUUGAUGAUAUCGAUGUUGCAAACAUUGACGAUAUUGAUGUUGCAAGCAUUGACGAUAUUGAUGUAGCAAACAUUGAUGAUAUUGAUGUAGCAAACAUUGAUGAUAUUGAUGUAGCAAACAUUGAUGAUAUUGAUGUAGCAAACAUUUACGAUAUUGAUGUAGCAAACAUUGAUGAUAUUGAGGUUGCAAGCAUUGACGAUAUUGAUGUAGCAAAUAUUGAUGUUGCAAACAUUGAUGAUAUUGAUGUUGCAAACAUUGAUGAUAUUGAUGUAGCAAAUAUUGAUGUUGCAAACAUUGAUGAUAUUGAUGUAGCAAAUAUUGAUGUUGCAAACAUUGAUGAUAUUGAUGUUGCAAACAUUGAUGAUAUUGAUGUAGCAAAUAUUGAUGUUGCAAACAUUGAUGAUAUUGAUGUUAGAUAUGUUGAUGACACAUUUGUUGAGGUUAAGACGUUGGUGUGA